AUGAGCCGACGCCGGAGUGGAGGCGGGCCCAUAGUGGAGCUGGAGGGGGUGGCCACCACGGUCGUCCUCUCCAUCCCGCCCUUUGCCAACACCGUGCCGGCUGGUGAGGCCCAACGCGCGCCGUCGUUCACCCUCCCGGACGCCUCGCUUGUCCUCCGCCCGCGCCCGUACCACCUCGCCUCGCUUGUGGUCACAUACGCCCUUGUUCCCGAAGAUGCCCGCGUCGCACAUCCGCCCGUCACCAUGGUUCUUGCCGCAAACGACAUGCCUGCCGCAGACGCCGCCGUCACUACAGGCGCAGGCCCCCGCACCGUCGCCCUCGACUCGCUCUCGCCCGCGGGCCACACUGGCUCAUCUGCACCCCGCAGCGGUGCCCAGCGGUCGUUGUGGACGGCAGGCAAGUCGGUGUCUGAAGCUGUUUUCCACCACGACUCGCCGGACAUCCGUGUCCCGGUCUUCCUGCGGCUCGAUGGCUCGCGCUUCCGGCUCGUCUUCACCAUCACUCCGCUCCACGCUCCGCCCAUUGUCCUCGCCACCGACGCAUUUGUCCUCCGCCGCGAUGUGCCAUCGUCGGCCCGCCUCGAUGCGCCUUCGCCCGCCCUUGCCCGCGUCUCCUUUGCUCCGGCCUGGGUCCGCCUCGCCGCUCUUCACGUCGUCAAGGACGUUCCACCGCCGCGCGCGCCCGACUCGGCCGCCGCUGCCGCCCUCGCAGACCCAGACCGCCGUGCCGUCCUUGCUGCCGACGCCGCCCACGCAUCAGCCCGCACCUGGGUCGCGGCCUCGUCGCAGCCUCAGUGCACCGCACCACGCCUCGGCCUGGCUUCGCUCGAUGACGACGUCGCCUCCAUGCUCGCCUUUGACACUGCCCGCGCCUCGUCGAGUACUCUUGCCUCGCGUCCCAGCUACGACCAGCUCCGUCUUCAUGAGUCUGAAAGCUCGUCACGCGGCUCCGAUCCGGUCUCGGCGCCCGACGAGCUGCUCAAGGCCAUGGAGGUGCCCGGCUCGCCCAUCGGCCAACGCCUCGGCUACGAUACGCUCUCGGCCCCGGCCCACACCCCAUACGACACCACAUCGGCGUCCACAUUUCCGUCGGCAUCUUCGCCCUCCACCGCGUCCACCACUUCCGGAAUCACCUCGGGUGGCUGGUCCUCCUUUGUCUCAGGCUUUGCCCUCGGCCUCAUCUGCGGCACCAUCCUCACCGCUCAGGCAUCAACGCCAUACGCCCCGCCCAAGUCUCUCUUUCAUAUCCGCGGAGAGUAUGCCUCGUACAUCCGCCUUAACUUUGAGGGAUCGCCGCUCGCCGACUUUAUCCGUGACAACCUGGCGGUCGACGACUCCAACUGCUUUGUGACCAUGUUUGUGGUCCAGGCACUUCUCGAUGCUCGGCCCUUUCUCCCGGCCGAGCUGCAAAGCACGGGUCCGCUUGCGCCGGAAGCCAUCGAUGCUGCUGUUGAGGCCGUCGUUGGUUUUGCUGACAAGAACAAGCUCUUCUCUGGUUCGAUGGUCUUCUGGCCGCAGAGCCCGUCGCCGGUUAACGCCUCCAUUUUUGAGGCGAGCCCGCCCAACCUGUUUGGCGUCAUCGACGGUGGCAGGGACGCCGCCGACGCCGUCGAGCGACUCCUUUCGGCCCUGCAUCUGAAGGCCCUGCUGCCGUACGCUGAAGAGAUCGCUGACGCCAUCACCAACUCGGCCGCCGCCUUCCGCAUCCCAUCCGACUUUGAUGACUCGGCGCUCAACAUUCUGCUCGGCGCCAUGCUCGCCGAGACAGAUGGUCCCUUUUCCUCAGCCGAGGCCAGCUGGCGCCGGCACAACCCGUCGCCGGUCGCCUGGGCCGAUCUUAUUGUCCGCUACGCCUACCGUCCCCACGCCAACACGACCCAUGCUGGGCUCAUCGACCCACGGACGUACUACUUUGCGCACGAGUUCCUCACCUCGCAAGCUGCCAAGAAUAUCUCGCUCAUCCCGACCUGGGUCAUGGAUCUCCAGCUCGACAAGGAGCUACUCGCCGCUCGGGUCACUAUGCCGUUCAACGUCAACAACGUUGACUGCACCGUCAUUGCCAACAACCUCAUCUCGAUGACCUACGCUGCGCUCGCCGACUUUGACAUCGCCUCCUCGUGGUUCUCCCAUGAGCUGCAGUCUAUCUACGCAGACUCUGCAGCGUACUUGGCGUGGGCCAUCUCGUCCGGCCGCGUUGACGAGCGGCCGGACCUGGGCCUGACGUACUACCCAUCGGUGGAGACCAUGCUCUGGUUUGUCUCGCGGUCCGUCCAUGCGCUCUCCUCUGCACCGGCGCCGCGGCCGUUUCCGGUGCUUGAAACAGUUGCCGAUCUGCUCACACCCGCCUUUCGCGGGCCAGCCACCGACAAGCUCCUAGCCACUGCUACUGUCGCGCCCGACGACGGUGGCCUGUACUGGGAUGGCUUCCUCGGCGACGGUGGCAAGAAACCGCACGGCAACGACCGAGUCUUCACCACUGCUACUGUCGUCCACGCCCUCAUCAACGGCUGGAGCGUCUCGCCGCAGCGCGGCGCGCUCGCGCUCGUUGCCCACACCCCGUCCAAGGUGCUGGCAGCGAUUCGAGGCGGCCUCGCGUGGCUCGCCCACAACGGACUACCGCACCGAACCAAGGCCCAAAACGCGUUCUUCUCCGGAUCGGUCAAGGGCAUGGACCUGCCGUUCUUCUUCCCCUCCAACUACAACGCGUUCCUCAACGGGACGACCGUCGACCCGCACACCGCGCCCGACUCGGCGCUCACUGACGAGCUUGUGUGCGCCAUGGAGGGCGUGGUGCCGAAGCAUUCCUAUGCCACUAUGCUCAACACCACGUUCUACGGCGAGCACGUCCCGCCGUACACCGGGUUUGCGCACGAGGGCUCGUUCCCGUUCUGGUCGUCGCCUCCGAUGACGUAUGCGCAGGUCCUGGUUGUCCUCGCCAAGGCCGCAGCUCUCGACCUUGAGCCGCCGUAA